GUUUGCAGAACGAUCACAAGGCCCUGAUGAAGCAGGUGGAGGAAGCUCUUCACCAAUUGCACGCCCGGGAGAAGGAGAAGCAUGCCAAGGACGAGGCGGAGGCACUGGCCGAGGCAAUGAGCCAGAACCAGAGCCUGCCACAGGCCUUUGCCAAAGUGAACGCGGUGACUCCGGGAUCUCCUGCAAGUAUCUCGGGGCUUCAGGUCGAUGAUGAGAUUGUGGAGUUUGGUUCUGUCAACAUAAAUAACUUCCAGAACCUGCAGAAUAUCGCCACAGUGGUGCAGCACAGUGAAGGGAGACCCCUGAGUGUGACUGUGAUCCGCAGUGGCAAAAAAGUGCACGUGGGGCUGACUCCGAAGCGCUGGGCCGGGAAGGGCCUCCUGGGCUGCAAUAUCAUUCCCUUGCAAAGAUGA